CACGCGGUUCCUUUAAAACUUGUCCUUGACACUUGGUGUUUGGUACAUGUGAGUGUUUCAUCAUCCUUUCUCUGGCAGACUUAAAGCAAGAGGUCCAGGAACUGAAAAUGUGCUGCACUGAUGUCAACACCCAGUGUGACGAUUUACAAAGACAACUAGUACAGAGCCAGCAGUAUGCAGAUCAUCUGAAGCGGCAGCUGUACGAGAAGGAUGACAAACUCAAACAGCUGCAGCAGGACUUAGAAAAACAGAUCGGGGAGAAGAACAAGCUGCAGGACGACUACGACAGCCUGCAAAAUGAGAAGAACAAACUUGAUGUUACUGUACAAGAGCUUCAGGACAUACUGCGUGAUGUGGAAGAUAAAACAAUCACCACCAGAAAGAUGACCAUGGAUCCAAACACAGCAAACCCAAGAAUAGUUCUGUCGGCAGAUAACUCUGUGAUGUGCACUAGUGAGGAAAUGCAAAACAUCCCCGACCAUCCAGGCCGGUUUGAUACGGCUCUCGCUGUCUUGGGCAUGGCCGGCUUCUCCAGUGGCAGACAUUAUUGGGAGGUGUCUGUAGCUGGGAAGCUUUGUUACCACCUGGGUAUGGCCAGUGAAUCUGCUCCAAGAAGAGGAGCGAUAGGAUUCAGUCCAACAAAUGGUUUCUGGACUAUAGUUCUGAACAAACAGGGUCAGUACAAAGCUGCCGAUAGGAGAGCUGUUAUUAUUCCAGUUAAGACGCAACCUGUUACACUGGGAAUUCUGCUGGACUACAAAAAGGGACAAAUCUCAGUUUACGACUCUGGCACCAGAUCUCAUAUGUACUCCUUUGUAGGUCAAAGGUUUACAGACAAAAUCUUUCCUUUUAUCAAUUUUUGUGUUGAGGAUGUUGAAAGUCCGACACCAAUAGUGGCAGUCACUCCUGGAUCAGUAGACUGGAUACAAUAAAGAACAGGGCAAGUUUUUGUCCAAUGUGUCAAAUCUUAGCCAUGCAUCUAAUCUAUGUUCAUCUCAGUGGGUAAUAAAACAAUCCCUGUGACUGCACAC